AUGCUUUGGACUAAGGCUUUCCUGGUGAAAUGCUUGAUGAACGCUGCUAUCGCCGUUACUGCUGCUAGGUAUUGCUAUUACUGCUACUACUACUACUACUACUACUACUACUACUACUACUACUACUACUACUACUACUACUACUACUACUACUACUACUACUACUACUACUACUACUACUACUACUACUACUACUACUACUACUACUACU